CUGACGCCAGCCGCAGCUGCCACCCAGCUUCUGCCCGCACAUCCAGAGCGCCGCGGCGACACCAUGUUGGGCGUGAUCAAGAACUCGCUGUUUGGGAGCGUAGAGACUUGGCCUUGGCAGAUCCUGAGCAAAGGGGACAAGGGAGAGGUCUCCUAUGAGGAGAGGGCCUGUGAAGGUGGGAAGUUUGCCACCGUGGAAGUGACUGAUAAGCCCGUGGAUGAGGCUCUACGGGAAGCAAUGCCCAAAGUCGUGAAGUAUGUGGGAGGCACCAAUGACAAGGGAAUCGGGAUGGGGAUGACAGUUCCUAUUUCCUUUGCCGUGUUCCCCAGUGCCGAUGGGUCCCUACAGAAGAAAUUAAAAGUCUGGUUCCGGAUUCCAAGUGAGUUUCAAAGCAACCCACCAGCUCCCAGCGAUGACAGCAUUAAGAUCGAAGACAGGGAAGGCAUCACUGUCUAUUCCAUGCAGUUUGGCGGUUAUGCCAGGGAAACUGACUACGUAGCUCGGGCCGCCCAGCUGCGCACCACCCUGGAGGGUACAGCCACCUGCCGGAGUGACUUCUACUUCUGCACUGGGUAUGACCCUCCCAUGAAGCCCUACGGACGUCGCAACGAGAUCUGGCUGGUGAAGAGCAAUGAAUAAUUGGCUGAACUAGAGCUCGCUGGAUGCUUGCAUCUGUGCCCACUUCCUCCAGGAGGAAAUGAAGUUCCCUGUGCAGCUCCAGUAGGGCCGACUUUCCUUCAGAGCCAAUCAGUCACUGCCAAUUUCCUGAAAUAAGCACCUUCCAGAUCCUGAGGCUCCUGUUCUCGUGGAGGGAAAUAAGGCACCCACAAUACAUAUGCGUCCUUCUAAAUGACUUAGAAAAUUCUGUGGUAGACCAGAAAAACCCAGCAGCAUUUUCCCAGCUCUCUGGAUCCCUAAAAACUGAUUUUUAAAAAUUAUUGAAACCAUAUUUUUAUUAUUGAGGAAGAAGUGUGAUUUACGUGUGAUCUUUCAUCUCUGAUUCUUAUAAGAGCUUUCUUUAAAAAGAAACCGGAAAUAAAGAUCUUUGACUUAAACAGCUGAGACGAAUCCUAAGUGUAGUUAUUUUCCAAGAUUCCACAGGUGUAUAGAUACUAUUGAUGGUGUUUACUGUCGCAGGAAUCCUGUGUUUACAGUUCCAAAGUCCUUCAGAAUAGAAACCCAAAGAUCCCAGGGAAGGAGGACAUGCACCCCAUGCUUGAUCGUCUCUAAACCACAGACACUUACCGCGUCACAGUGAUUCCAUGCUCUGAAGUUGAGGAAACUGUUUGCAGCUGUGGGCCGUAAAGGGUUCCAGGGACCACAAAGAUUAGACCAAGA